AUGAGUAAUAGCUCCUGUUAAUGCGGCAGACAGGAAAAGAAACGGUCAGUUUACCGUCAGAAAUGUCCAUGCACUUGACAAGACCAAAAUAACGGGAUUGAAGUCAAGCCAGAGAAAAACAAUAACGAGGGGCGUUCGUUUAAAGAUGUUAAGUGGUUGAAGUAUACACAAGCGUUGAGCGCCGGUUCGUUUGCAAUCACGAUUUCUUCUCACGCCUCUCUGACGGUCCUGAGGCUAGUUCCUUUGUUCACACGGCCACAUACUUUAAAUAUUUACGUGGAUGCACGAAUGAAACUGAAUUUUCUUUCAUCGGCGUCAGCAUUAAUCGAGGUGUCUUCCUAAUUUUGGUUUAUUUUAUCGAGAAGCGUCAUGGAGGGAGGACUACGUUUGCGGCCCGUAAUCAUAUUUUCACUGCUAACGUUUUGCGCGUCCACCGACGUAAUGAAAUUUCAAGUUUUUGAAGAACAAGACGAAGGAACUUUCGUGGGAGACAUGUCUGAGAGUCGCAUGGUCAGAACAUUGUCCGAGAAUGAAAACUUAAAAGGAGAGCUUCGAUUCCAGUUUCAAGGAUCUCUACAAAAGUCAUUUAAAAUCGACGAAACCACAGGAAUUAUUCGAACUGCUGCUAAGUUAGACCGCGAAAACUUGUCUCUUGAGAAUGACGAUGAUACAUUUCAGAUUCAAGUGAAGGUUUCAAAAGGAGCUGUAAUGCUACCUCUACCGACAGAAAUAAAAGUAUUAGACGUCAACGAUCACAGCCCUAUUUUUGCGGGGAAGAUUGAAAAUAUAUCGGUUUCCGAGUCUGCUCCGUUGGGUGCCGAAUUCCCCGUGACAGUGGCAGAAGAUACCGACAUUGGCAACUAUUCCGUUGAAAGCUACGAGAUUGUGAAGAGAAAUGACAGUGACACUUUUGAUCUAGUACUCUCGAAACCAACUUCAGAGAUCACGAAGCUUAAACUCGUGGUUUCGAAAAGGCUUGACCGAGAAAUUAAUGAAAGCUUUUUCUUGGAGAUCGAAGCAAGAGAUGGAGGAAGCCCGCGCAAAGUUGGUCGCAAAGGAAUACGAAUUACAGUCUUGGAUUCGAACGAUCAUAUCCCGAAGUUUAGCCAGAAUCUCUAUGUCGGGGAAGUGAGAGAAAAUUCUCCCGCAGGAACGUUGGUGUUAAAUGUGACCGCGACAGACAAAGACAUCGGCACCAACGGAGAGAUUUCCUAUUCUCUUAAUUCUCGACCUCAAUAUAAAGACUUAUUCAGUUUAGAUGCACGAACUGGCGAGUUACGAACAAAAGCUAUUUUGGAUUAUGAGCGCUUUAAGGAUUACCAAUUGGAAGUGACAGCAAGAGACAGAGGGCCGGAUUCAAUUCCAACAACUUCUUAUGUCAACGUGAAGGUCCUAGACGAGAACGACAACGCACCGGAAAUCUCUGUCACUCUCUUUCCAGAUGAAUUCGACAAACAAGGCAAGAUUCCCGAAGAUAUCGCCCUUAAGACGUCUAUUGCUCAGGUAACAGUGCGCGACAAAGACAGCGGGAGCAAUGGUCGCGUGAAAGUCACCCUACAACACCACAAGGAUGACUUUGGUCUGCAGGAAAUGUUCGCUGGGCUAUACAUCCUGCAAAUUCGGCACCCGCUGAGUCUAGACCGCCAUGAUCAGUACAAGAUCAAGAUCGUUGCCGAGGAUCAAGGUUCUCCAAUUUCACAAAACAGUAGUUAUGUGCUCGUUGUCAAGGUGGCUGACAGCAACAGAAACGCUCCAAGGUUCGAUCAAAAGCUUUACAAUGUAGGCGUGAAUGAUGACGUCAAGCCAGGGACCAUCAUCACCACGCUGACGGCGACCGACGAGGAUGACGGGAAUAAUAGUGAGUUAACUUAUAGCCUGGAGGACAUGCGCAUUGGUGAGCGCAAUGGCAGCAUUGAGGAAGUGACAAAAUGGUUUGCUAUCGAUUCCAAAACUGGACAAGUGCGAGUGCUCAGAAAGUUGUGGUGUGCUUUCACUCCUUACUUCCAGUUGAACAUUGGUGUUCGGGAUAACGGCCGGGUGCCUUUUCAUGGUAAAACUACCCUAAAAAUUUCCGUCCCGUGUUCAAAGAACACGUACAACUUCAGUGUAACAGAGAAUGAACCCGAAGGAGUUGAAGUCGGAAGAGUUCCACUCGAGCCUAUCGAAAGCAACAGACCACUUCGUAUAAGACUACUCACGCAUACUGCGGAAUUUGCUAUAGAUGAGAACAAGAGUACAAUAACGACAAAAAGAACGCUCGACCGUGAGAGAAACAGCUCUUAUUCCUUAAUUGCUGUUAUAACUGAUGGAAGAGUCGCCAUGAAUGUUACCGUUUUUGUUAAGGUGGAGGAUAUCAAUGACAAUGCUCCCAUUUUCGUUGGUUUGGAAAACAGUCAUAAUCUGACAUUAUCCGGUGCACUUUUCGUUGGGGAAACUGUACUGAGGCUUCGAGCGACUGACAGAGAUUCUGGAGCUAACGGUCUUGUUAAAUUCUUCAUCGUUAGUGGCAAUAAGGAUCGAGUAUUCCAUUUGAACAUGCGCACUGGUAAGAUCACGCUUAACAAGGAGCUCAGUAGAAAAUUGUACAUUUUAACCAUUAGAGCAGCAGAUUCGGGAGACGUUGAGAACGAAGCUUAUCUGCGGUUGAUAAUUUCGGUCAGAUACAUAACUCCUCCACCGCCACCUCCAAGUUUUCCUGGAGACGGGUCUAUCAACGAUGAUGGCGAGGUAGAAUCGCGGACCGGAAUCGCAGGGUUCUUUUCGGAUUCUAAGAUGAUCAUUAUUGUCGGAGCCUGUGCUGGUUUUGUGAUCCUUUCAAUUCUUCUUGUCGCGGUUUUCAUCUUGAAGUUCAGGCGUAAGGAUAAAAGGCGAGAAGAUAAGCGUGGUAGCUACCACGAACCGGAUAUAAGUCGGGAAGAUGCUUUGAAAGCUUCCAAGAAAAUGUUCCAACAAGCGACCACAAAUCCUGGUCAAGCCGCCGAAGCUUACUUGUACGCCUCACGAAAGCACCCGAUUCACGUGUCGCCAAUCCCGAUAAAAAAGAUGCACUCAGCAAUGACAUAUCAAGCUCCACCGGGGCCAGCUUCCCCCACAAAAGACUCGCGGCAAGAUAUGUAUUACCCGUUUGUUCAGGGUGUAGUCGAGUGCCACAGUAGCGAGGAUGAAGCGGACAGUGGGCGUGGUGGGAGCUCUCAUGAGUCCACUCCUUAUUACCCUCACAGUCCCCCAUCCAAAAAGAGAGAGGACGAUUUUCGGUCUUCGCAGCAUCAUCAUCAUCACCCUCACCGGGCCCGUAGCCCUGGUAUGCCACCUCCUCCUCCACCAUACGAGGAAGUUCAAAGGAAGAGAGCCUACGUAAGCAUUUCUGGUAUCACGCAUUCCACAACAGAGCUGUAAUAUUGUGGAAGGUAUUGACACGAACUGAAGUAUGUCCUUUAGUAAAAGGCAAAUCACAGAAUCGCAAGCAACCCUUUUAAGGGAUCUUUCGACAUUUCACAUAGUGUCUUUAUUAUUGUCCUCGGGGGAAAGGUGAGGGGAGGGGGUAAAGCGAGUCGGGUGUAGAUGUUACGUCAAGAUUCCCCAUUAUUACAACUCGGGUACCUUUUGGUCUUUGUUUUCAGUCCUUCGCUGGUUGUAGGUUUUUGCCUUAAAAGGGCCAGGUGUUUUAUCCAUUCAGUUACCGUUGCAAUUCUUUACCCCCACAGGACUUGUCAUUUAAGAGUCCUCACGUCCAUAAAUUUCUUCUCUUUCCUUUCUUAUAGACAUACUAUAUCGCGUCGGUCUCUCCUUCUUUCCCCUUAGUACAGUAACAAAGACUGUGAAACACUCGAAACCCGCUUAAAAUUGUAUAUUCACGUUGAUAUUCGUGAUCAAACGAUUUAAAUUAAUGAAAAUGCGAAAUUGGCCCGCCUGCCGCCUGCCACCCGAUACAUUUUGUACAACGAUAGAAUAUUUAUAGAGAGCAGGACAGUUCUGCAUCUUUCGAACAAUGGAUACUCGUUGCGUUAUCUUAAAAAUUUAGACUCUCUUAAACUUUAGAGGUCUAAUGAGACAAUAUUUAUAAGCUACAAACGAUAAUGUUCAAACGUUGAUUAUCUUGGUGCGCUGAUCAGCAAGGGAGGCGUAAAGAUGUUAAUUUUUAUAUAACACGAAUAUGAUAAGAGUAUUAUAGAAUCGUUUUUCUUAAUGUGAAAGCAAAAUUGAUUUUUGUACAAUUCUAAGUAGUGAUUAAAUCCAAUAAAAGAAUCAGUCUUAAGAAAGACGUACUUGAAA